UGCCAAUUGACUUAUUUAGCUGAUGCUGAAGAUUGAAAAUAUGGCAGGUUUAACAGCAAGGAUAGGAAGACAUUUCCUAAAAUUGAGAAAACCGUAUAUAAGACACAACCUUAGACAUUUUUCAUACAUUAAGACGUUUAAGGACAUUUUUACCAAAAAAGGUACCGUUAUAACAACUGUUGCUGCUGGUUGCAUUGCGACUUCAAUAGCUGGAUACGUGGUAUAUACGAAAAAACAAAACUAUUCAGAUGGGUGCACUUCAAAGGCAACGUUCCAAAACACAAACAACAAGUUAGAGUUUGAAACCUACCCAAGAGGAAAAAUUAUUGGUGAGGUGAAUAUUGAGGUAGGACCUACUGGAACUACAGUAGAAUGUCGCACUGACUUAGAUAAUGGGACAAAUCAUGAAAAGUUUUUUGAAAGCUUCAAAAACGACAAAUACAAAUUCAUUCGACAGAAUAAACACAAUCCUAAGGUAACCUACAAUAAAGAAACUGACAUCAGUACAAUCGGAUUCUAUCUUUUAGACAUUAAUGAAUAACAAAAUGCUUAUUCUAAAGAAUCUUUGAACACUGAAUUCAUAACAAGUCGUGAAUGUUCUACGAGGAAG